GCCCAAGAGCACUUCCGGGUCAAGCCGCGGCUCCGGCCAGCGCUAACUGAGCUGCAGGUCGGUCCGGUUGGUAUCCACUCACAUCUUUUAAUCUUGAAGAUUUCAAAAUACGCCUGAAUCUCCCACUUGUUUGGAAAACCCCCAAUACCAAGCAAUAAAUUACCCACCGUGCUCUUGUUAUAGAAUAGAAGCUUUUGAGUUCUCCAAAUCUAAACAAGACUUCCUCCCAUUUUUCCAUGAAGCCACAUUGUUGUCUCUUCACUUUAGUGGUGAGUGUUACUGUGCCAGCAGCUUUUGUUUUGGAAGAUGUCGGCUUCAAUGAAAUGGCCCCACUGGGAACAAAUAAUGGUUCCUUCAAUUCAUCAUUUCCUCCGAGCUUUGAGCACUCAGCAGGUUCCCACUCAGGGGACGAUGUCAUCAUAGCCAAAGAAGGAACUAGUGUUUCACUCGAGUGUCUUCUCACAGUCGACCACUAUGAAGAUGUCCGUUGGUACAACUCAAAAGGCCAGCAACUGGAUGGCAGAGGCAGAGGUGGAAAAUGGUUGAUUUCUGAUAACUUCCUGAAUAUCACCAGUGUAGUCUUUGAUGACCGAGGGCUCUAUACAUGCUUUGUCACCUCUCCAACCCAUGCCUCCUACUCUGUCACCCUUCGUGUUAUCUUCACCUCGGGAGACAUGAGUGUCUACUACAUGAUUGUUUGCCUGAUUGCCUUUACAAUCACACUCAUCUUGAACGUUACACGGUUGUGCAUGAUGAGCAGCCAUCUUCGUAAGACUGAGAAGGCUAUCAAUGAAUUCUUCAGAACUGAAGGGGCUGAGAAACUUCAAAAGGCCUUUGAGAUUGCAAAGCGCAUCCCCAUCAUCACUUCAGCCAAGACUCUAGAACUCGCCAAAGUCACACAAUUUAAGACGAUGGAGUUUGCUCGUUAUAUUGAAGAACUGGCAAGAAGUGUCCCUCUUCCACCCCUUAUUCUAAACUGUCGGGCCUUUGUUGAGGAGAUGUUUGAGGCUGUGCGAGUGGACGACCCUGAUGACAUGGGAGAAAGAAUUAAAGAGAGACCUGCCUUGAAUGCUCAAGGUGGCAUUUAUGUCAUUAACCCAGAGAUGGGCCGGAGUAAUUCACCAGAAGGAGAUUCAGAUGAUGGUUCUCUGAAUGAACAAGGCCAGGAGAUAGCAGUUCAAGUUUCUGUCCACCUCCAGUCAGAAACCAAAAGUAUUGAUACAGAUUCCCAAGACAGCAGUCAUUUCAGCCCACCUGAUGAUCUAGGAUCUGCUGAAUCAAACUCUUACUCCAAAGAUGGGACGUAUGAAAGCCGUCAGCUGUGAGCUAUCCCAGUACCUGCAAAAACAGCUCUCACAAAAGGAACGUAUUUCAUGCAGGAAAUAACAUUUUUACCAAAAUAUAACUGGGGGUUCCCCCUUGUUAAUAUUAAGCACAUCAGAAUGUGACUUAUUGCCAAAAUCUUUGUAAAAAUUCAGUGUUUUUCAUAUCUGAUAUUUCUCAGUCAUUUUCCUCAAGCUUGAUGAAAUGACACAAGCUAAGAUUUAAAGGAACCCGAGAGAUAAGCAUAAUGGACAAAGUGCCACACUAAGAGUUCCAUGCCUCCUCUUCUGGUCAUGGUUCUUCAAAUGGUUAGGGUUGAUGCUUAUCCUGAGGCCUCACUUUUCCCGCCAGUUAAGUUGAAGGAUUUGCAUUAGGUGAUAUCUCAAGUCAUUUCUAGCCCUGUAACUUCUUACCUGUCCCUGUUAAAACCACCAGAUUUCAUCAGCACAUCUCCAAAUAAACCCUUCCCUAGACUUUUAAGUACCUUUUUAUGGAAAGGAUCAAGCUGAGACUUUAUUUUGUGAUUUAAAUUCCCACACCAGUGCCAUAGUGCAUAGACAUGUGGGUGUUUUUCAGAUGUUUUGCCAUAUGGAGUGUGCAAUUGUAUGUGCUAGAUCGAGUCUCUUUAGUGUAGCCAAUGUCUGUAUUGUUAUACAGAUAUCAGGGAGCUAACUGCUCAUUAAUAAACUACUUUCCAUGAGUAAAUUGGUCCUUUUGGGGGAUAUAUCAUGUGUUUUUAACUUACUGAAGCAUCAUUUAGUUCAUUGAGCUGGCAGUGAUUUCCCAACUGAUCUCCAAAAGUGAGCAAUUUGUUCUUAAGGAAUAAUGUCUUCAGUGCUUUUAGAAUAAGAAACAAUGUCAGAUCAUCUAUCUCUGGUAAAUCAUGGAUUUUUGACAUUUCUGUUAAUAGAAUUUCUCAGGCUUUCCCUUUUUGAAAGUACUGGACUCCGUAGAGGGUUCUGUGUUUGGGAUCUCAUCCCAGGAGGAAACUCAGAGCUGGGUUCAUCUUUAGACUUCUGUCAACACUCUUGCCCUCCAUGAUGGUUAAUAUGGUGCUAAAGGCUGCAUGCCUCCUUAUCUUGUUUGUUUUCUUUAUACUUAUAAAUGUUAUUGAGGUUUUUAUUUUUGUGUACUUCAGAUAGAGAAUUCUGAGCUCAGGCUGCUUUUGUGGUCUUUCUGAGAAGCACUAACCUGAAAUAAGAUUAGAUACUGGUAUGUGGUAUAUGUGAAUAUAUUAAAUAUGUAGGCAUAGAUAUAGGUACCAGUAUAUAGAUAUAUAUACACACAAAAAUGAUCUAGAUAUAAAGAGGGAGAAAAAUUAUGGAUGAGGCCAUCUGAUUCAACUGUGUAUAAUGAAUACUUGAGACAGUAUUUCUUGCCUGGUUGAGGCCUAAUAUAAUAGAAUUGUAAAUACUCUUCAGAAUAAUUUCUUCAGCUACAGGAAGCUUGGUGUCAUAUGAUUUUUAAGAACUUGGCAGUGGAGCUCCAUUUGGUGCUUCAUGUUUCUUCAUUUGGUUUCUGAUUAUUGAACCAUUACUUGAACUAGAGGCUCCUGAGGGAAAUGUUCAGAGGAGGUUUUAUCAGGAUUUUAAUUUAAGGUUUCAAAUGGAGGAAGGCAAGGAAAUAGAGAGUGUAACCAGAUAAACUCACACCUCCCUUUGUCCAGGCUUAUCACAAAUAAUACAUCUCUUCCGGAUAGCAUGAAUGAAUCAGUGUGCAGUUGUAUCAGAUGGCAUUAUGGAUAAAGAUGAUAAUGCUGCCGUUUCUGUCUCAGGCUGUUUCCAUGGAAACCUCCAGAGCCAAACAAAAGCUACCACCAAUCAUUUAGCCAAAGCUUGCCUUGGCUUGUAGACUUGCAUGUCUUUAAGAAAUACUGUUUUCAUACAUUUGGCUUUGAGAGCAAGGGCUCUUCACCAUUCCCUAGACCCUAGAUUAUAGAACACUUUUUCCUUCCUAGGCUUUUUUUUCUUAAAAAAUUAAAAAUGCUAAAAAUCUCUUGUCCGAGGUUUGUUCCCUAUCCUUCAGAUCAUCAGAUAGUACCUCCAAUGGAUCUAUCCCUCAAGUUCUCACAAUGGAUGUGAGUGUUUGGAACCUUAAGGUAGAUAUAUUUAAUGGUCAAAGUCCUGAGAAAUGGGACUUUGGAAAAAUACGAGAACUAAUGAAAAAAAUCUGUAAGUUUACACAAUACUCUAUCACUAUUGGCUACUCCAGUAUGUCCUGGUUAAAUUAACUUUAGAAAUGUAAUGGUGACUUUAUUUGGUAACUGGGUUACUUUGAAUAUUCCAAAUUAUGGUGCCAGUGAUAAGGAAUUACAGUAGUCAAAAUUUAACUGGAGUUGAUGUUACUUUUUUUUUUUUUUGGUGUUACUUUCUAAAGCUAGUUUCCAAGAGGAAGAAAACCACACAUUAAUAUGUUCUGUAUCUAAUCAAAUACUCUUCAUAUGUAAUGAAUAGUCUCAUGUUAUGUUUUUGUAAAAUCCUUAACCUUUUGAACUUAAACUACAGUCUAAAAGUCUUUUGACAAUAACUGUGGUAUAAUUAAUCUUUUGUUUCAGUGGAUUUUAUAGUUAGUGAAAAUGCCUUUACUCAGAAAAUGUGUUUAAAUAGUCCUGUCAUCUCAUUUAUAAAUUUUGUAUUGUGACUUAAUGAACCUUAUUGUCCUUAUGAAAUGAAAUGAUGGCUUUGUGAAAUGAAUUUACCAAAAAUGGAUAUGUAAACAUUUUUAUAGAUUCCUAGACAGCUGAAAUGAUGCCAGAUGGACAGGCAUCUUUUGAGCUCAUACUCAACUUGAGUUUUAGGUAGUUCAAUAAGCAUAUCCUCACGUUGCAUCUGUUCUGAUAGUUAAAUUCUUGAUUUGGGACCAGCAAGCAUUUGUAUUUCUCCCAACUACCCUUACGUGAGUACCUUGGGAGUUGCCAAUCUGAAAUGUUUGUGAAAAGAUUUCUGGCUUCUUCACCUCACUUAGCAUGCAUUUUGAAGUUAAAGCACGUGGCUUUCUGUGUGGUCCUCCAGCUUCAGUGAACCCCUUGAUGUAUUCCUCUCCACAUCCUGCAUGUUGCUUCACCCCAGAUCAGACUCUGUCUCCCAUGUCCCAGAGUGGCAUGGGGAGCAUGGCAUGCUUGUUUUCUAGAGCACAGCCGGCCAUGGGUGCUAGCCUUGUCUCAACACACCAGCACUUAUAACACAAGUAAAUCAUAUUUCCUGAGUCACCAAUAAGAGAAGACAAUCUUUUCUCAUCCAGGCCGGGAAUUUUGAAAAUGCUCAGCUUUAUACAUAAACUCUUACAUCUCAACACAUUUCAUAAGCGUAAGCGUUAUUUUAGUGUGGUUCAGAUGAUGUUUAAAUGGUCACCAUUUUAAUGAAUACUUACAUUAUGAUUUUGUCCUUUCUUUAAAAAAAAAAGUCAUGCUUGAAUAUAUUUAUUAAAUGUUCAAUGGACUA